CAGCGCGUUAGGGGGUGUGUCCACGGCGUUUCGGCCGAGUCGCUUCUGGAAAUUCCCCUUUCUCUGCCAUUAUAACCGCGCUGCUCUCAAUUCGGACUGGCAGGCCAGCUGCAGAACGCAACGGCCGUGGUUAAUAUGGAGCGUCUGCGAAUUUAAAACUAUGUAGGCAUACAGGCAGAAGGGGCUGAGCGGUGAAUCGGUGCGGGGUUUUAAAUGGGAAAUCUGAUGGGCAGCUGGAGGUACAAGGAGCCAAGCACAGUGGAGGAAUGCGACUCGACCUGGGAGACAGACUCGGAGAGCGACGAGCAGCAAGGUGAAGAGGACAGCGGCAUCUCGGAGCCCGUCAGCCCAACGGACACAGCGAAAUGCGCCGAGACGCCGGACCCUCCCGCGCAGCCUGGUGACACACCGGAAUCCACCACUAAAAUCAAACGAAGCUUUUACGCAGCCAAGGAUUUGUACAAAUACCGUCACAACUACCCGAACUCCAAGGAGCCGAGGCAGCCCAAUGAGUACCGAAACCUGAGGUUCUACCUGAACAAGAUCCCCCUGGUCCCAGACGGCAUUUAUGUUGAAGAAAUCCUCAACAAAUGGAGAGGUGACUAUGAGAAACUGGAGCAUAACCACACGUAUAUACAGUGGCUGUUCCCACUGCGAGAGCAAGGCUUGAAUUUCUAUGCCCAAGAGCUCACUCAGGUCGAGAUUAAGGAAUUCCAAAGCACCCGAGAGGCCAAGCGGCGCUUCCUGCUGGCCUACACCAUCAUGCUGGACUUCUACGGGAUAGCACUCCUGGACAAGAACGGGAACGUGGCCCGGGCGUCCAACUGGCAGGAGCGCUUCCAGCACCUCAACGAGUCUCAGCACAACUACCUGCGCAUCACGCGCAUCCUGAAGAGCCUGGGCGAGCUCGGGUUCGAGAGCUUCAAGCCGCCGCUGGUGAGGCUGCUGCUGGAGGAGGCCCUGGUGGAGGGAACCCUGCCCAACAUGCAGCACAGCGCGCUGGAGUACUUCGUCUACACGCUGCGGGACCGGGGCCAGCGCCGGGCCCUGCUCCGCUUUGCCCAGCGGCACUACCGCCCCCCCGAGAACUUCGUCUGGGGGCCCCCCCGGAGGAGGAGGCCCGGGGGGGCGGCUGCGGUGGGGGGGGGCAAACCCGGGCUCACGCAGGAGAAGAGCUCAGCUAAGGCGCGGGCGGGGAAGAGCCCCGCCUCUCCGCAGGAGGAGAGGAGGGGGGACACGGCCGAGGAGGGGGUCCCCUACAUGCGGAAGAGGGAGGAACAUUCGGCCGGGGGUGACGGAAAGGCACUCACACCCCCCCCCACCUGCGGCAGUGCGAAGCACCCAGAGGAAGGGACAGGAGAUGGCAAAACCUGGAUGGAGAGAGACGAGUACAUGGACACCACCCCUCUGUAG